AUGCCUAAAAGAUCAAGAUCUCAACUUUCUAGAAAUAGUUCCCAGGCCAGGGCAUCAAAAAUACGUCGAAAUGAAGAAUCUUCAUCAGAAACUGAAAAUCGUCUUUCAAUUCAUAGACAAUAUGUGGCACAAUCGCGUGCUAGAGAGUCGAGUACCGAGCGUUCGCAACGGCUCGCUGAACAAAAUAUGAGAACCGCUCAAAUACGCGCGCGAGAAUCCAGUUUGCAGCGUUCUCAACGGCUCGCUGAACAAAAUGUGAGGACUUCUCGAGUCCGCGCGCGAGAGUCCAGUCUUGAGCGUUCAGAGCGACUAGCUGAUCAAAAUUUGAGAACCUCUCAAGCACGCGCGCGAGAAUCGAGUCUUGAGCGUUUACAGCGUCUAGCUCAAGAAAAUUUGAGAACCUCUCAGGUACGCGCGCGAGAGUCCAGUCUUGAGCGUUCGCAGCGCCUUACUGAACAAAAUCUAAGAACCUCUCAUGUGCAUGCGCGAGAGUCAAGUACUCAGCGUUUGCAGCGGCUUGAAGAGCAAAAUAUCAGAAAUAUUCAAUCUCGCACUAGGGAAUCAAGCUCUGAGCGUUUCCAACGCCUUCAAGAUCAGAGAGAACGACAACAGACGUCAAGAGCGAGAAGUCGCAAUCAAGUUUUAGCCCACAGUAAAAGAUCGGCUUUUAGAUACGAUCCACAGAUUGAUUAUGCUCAACAGUCUUCCGUCCAAAUCGGCGACAUGAAUAAGAUCUGCCCUAAGUGUUCAGCCAAAAAAUGGGUCGAUGAAACUAAUGGCAUGUGCUGUGCUUCUGGAAAAGUUAGUCUCCCCAGUAUUCAGGAACCACCACAGCCAAUAAAAAAUCUUUUGACAAAUAAUCAUUCGCUAUCUAGACAUUUCAUAACCAACAUUCGUAAGUACAAUAGCCUAUUUCAAAUGACUUCGUUUGGCGCCAAAGAAAUAAGAGAGGGUAAUUUUAUGCCAACUUUUAAAAUAGAGGGACAGGUAUAUCAUCUUAUUGGUAGCCUUUUACCACCACCAGGCCAAAAUCCACAAUACUUGCAGGUAUAUUUCAUUUCAGACGCAGAUCAGCUAUCAUUGAGGUCAAACAUAGCUCCAACGCUGAAAAUAGAUUUAAUUAACGAACUACAGACCGCACUGAAUAGCCACAAUGUAUAUAUACGAAGCUUUAAACAAAACAUAGAACGCAAUUCUUCGGAUAAUUUAAAAUUAAUUAUUCAUUCCGACCGCCCACCACAGACAGCACACCCGGGUAGAUACAAUGCUCCAGCUGUAAACGAGGUAGCCGUUCUCUUGGUUGACGAAGAAAAAGGCCCCAGAGAUAUAGUGCUCCACGGAAGAGACGGCCAUCUUAAAAGGGUCUCUGAGUUACACCGAUCGUAUGAUCCACUACAGUAUCCCUUAAUGUUCGUGAAAGGAGAAGACGGUUAUUAUUUAACCAUUCCGCAGGAAGGUACAGCGCGUAACAAAACUGUGACGUGCAUGCAAUUUUAUGCAUUUAGGUUGAUGGUUAGAGCUAACUGUUUUAAUGCAUUACAUUAUUACAGGGACUUAUUUAGUCAAUAUAUUGUCGAUAUGAUGGCAAAAAUGAUAUCGGAACGAUUGAAUUACAUAUGUCGUAACCAACAGAGACUAAGGGCUGAAGAAUACAUUCAUCUCAGAGAUGCUUUAAAUCAAGACGGAAAUGUUGACCCAUCAAAUAUCGGUCAACGCGUAAUCUUGCCAUCUUCAUUUACAGGUUCUCCGCGUUACCUGCAUGAAAAAACCCAAGACGCGAUGACUUAUGUCCGAAAUUACGGGAGACCAGACUUAUUUGUCACAUUUACGUGCAACCCCGAAUGGCCUGAAAUUAAAGCGGAACUACUACCUGAUCAGCGAUCUUUCGAUCGUCAUGACAUCAUUUCAAGGGUGUUUCAUUUGAAAAUGAAGAAAUUCUUAAAUUUAUUCGUUAAAAAUGAAAUAUUCGGCAAAGUGAAAUGUUACAUGGCAAGUGUAGAAUGGCAGAAGCGAGGUUUACCACACUGUCAUUUGCUGUUUUGGCUAGAAACAAAAAUCCAACCAGACGAAAUUGAUAGCGUUAUAGUUGCGGAACUGCCCAACCAAGAAAACGAUCCGAUAUUGUACGAUAUCGUAACAAAAAAUAUGGUGCACGGACCAUGCGGAGAACAUAACUUAUCAGCACCAUGUAUGAAAAACGGUAUUUGCACAAAAAAAUACCCACGACGUUUAGUCAACGAAACUCAGACUGGAGAGGACGGAUAUCCAGUUUAUCGUCGUCGUGAUGCCGCAAAUGGAGGACUGAGCGCUUCGCUAAAUAUCAGAGGCAGAAAUUUCACUAUAGAUAAUAGUUGGAUUGUCCCAUAUUCUCCACUUUUGUGCAGGACGUUUAAUGCUCACAUAAAUGUAGAGUACUGUCACUCAGUUCAAGCCAUCAAAUACAUUUGUAAAUACAUAAAUAAAGGAUCGGACCAAGCUACAUUUGGCGUCAGAAACCCAAAUGAUGAAGUGGAAAACUACGUAAAUGGCCGUUACAUAAGUACUUCCGAAGCUGCUUGGCGAAUAUUCGAAUUCCCGAUCCAUGAGCGGCAUCCUACAGUUUUGCAGUUAGCUGUCCACUUAGAAAAUGGCCAAAGGGUGUAUUUUACACCAGAAACGGCUGUACAAGUGGCCCAAAAUCCACGUAAAACAACAUUGCUGGCUUUUUUUGAGCUCUGUAAUGAAGAUGAAUUCGCAAAAACACUUCUUUACCACGAAGUCCCGCAAUACUACACAUGGGCCAAUAAUAAGUUCACCAGAAGGAAGCGUGGUGAGAAUGUAGUUGGCUAUCCAGGCAUAAAAAAAGAUUCCGCUUUAGGUAGAGUCUACGGUGUCCAUCCUUCUCAAUCCGAGUGUUUCUAUCUUAGGAUGUUGCUGCACCACGUACGCGGUCCAACUUCAUUCCAGUACUUGAAAACCGUUGACGGAGUUCUGAAAGAAACGUAUCAAGCUGCUUGCCGUGCUAGAGGUUUGCUAGAAAACGAUGACCAUUGGGAAAAUACUCUCAGAGAAGCUUGGCUUUCUCAAUGUCCAUUACAAUUGAGAGAAUUGUUUGUGGCCAUACUUUUAUUUUGUCAGCCAUCGGAACCAUUAAAAUUAUGGAACAUUUUCAAAGACGAUUUAUGUGAAGAUAUUAGACACAGAAUCAGACAGCAAAAUCAAGACAUCACCUUACCAUACAAUGAGGACAUUUAUAACGAAGGUUUGAUACAAAUAGAAAAUAAACUGUUGCAAUUAAAUGACAAAAGCCUAAGUGAUUUCGGAUUACCAUCAUCAGUUCGUACAGAAAGCAAUGCAGCAGAGACUAUGACUCAUCGCUAUGAUACAAAUAAUUUGACCGCUUUUGUCAAUGAAAACCUGCCAAAGUUAGUCCCAGAUCAAAGACAUGCUUUUGAAACUAUAGUCGAUAGCGUCAUUCAUGACAAAAGAAAAGUUUUCUUUUUGGAUGCACCUGGUGGAACGGGAAAGACGUUUCUUGCAAAUUUGAUACUUGCUAAGAUAAGACAAUCAGGGAAGAUAGCAAUAGCAGUUGCUUCCUCAGGAAUUGCUGCAACUCUCUUGAAGGAUGGCAAAACUGCUCAUUCUACUUUUAAACUUCCACUAUCCGUCAAUCUUGAACAACAAUCUACAUGUUCCAUCCGCAAAAAUGGACCUAUUGGUAAAUUACUACAAGACGCCUCAUUGAUUAUGUGGGACGAAUGCACGAUGAGCCAUAGAGCACAUAUAGAGGCCGUGAACAGAACCUUACAGGAUCUAAGGAACUCCUCUGCAGUCAUGGGCGGGAUUACUUUUGUAUUUGCUGGAGAUUUUCGACAGACUCUCCCCGUUAUUAACAGAGGCACGCGAGCAGAUAUCAUCAAGGCAUGCUUGAAAUCGUCUCCCUUAUGGACUACGAUUGAAACAUUAAAAUUAAGGACAAAUAUGAGAGCUCAUCUUCAUGGAAUCACUGAUAGCGAUUUCCCACAGCAACUGCUAAAACUUGGGGAAGGAAUUUUUCCAACUCCAAAUUUAAGCGGUCAUUGUGACAUUCUUCUGGAUGAGUCUCUAGGCCAAAUACUCCAUAAUUUGGAAAAUUUAAUAGAUUCUGUAUACCCUGAUAUCGAGAAUUUGCACGAAAGAGACUUCCAUUGGCUGUGUUCUCGGGCUAUAGUAUCACCUAAGAAUGAUACUGUCAAUGAAAUAAACAAUCUGAUCGUUCAAAAAGUCCCCGGCCAAACAAAAACAUACAAAUCGAUCGACACUGUAACGAAUAUUGAAGAUGCAGUCCAUUAUCCACAGGAAUUUUUAAAUUCGUUGAACCCUUCUGGACUGCCACCCCAUGAAUUGACGUUAAAAAUCGGAAUCCCAAUCAUGCUUUUAAGAAAUUUAAACCCUCCGAGCAUGUGUAAUGGGACGAGGCUGCUUAUUAAGGAGUUAAAGGACAAUUUAAUAGUAGCAACUAUUAUCACUGGCCCAGCAGGUGGUCAACUAGCUCAUAUACCGAGGAUACCGAUGUUCCCAACUGAUCUGCCAAUCCCAUUUAAACGGCUUCAAUUUCCGGUAAAAACAUCUUUCGCAUUAACAAUUAACAAGUCCCAAGGCCAAACCUUCGAAUUAGUAGGGAUCGAUCUGCGAAAGAAAUGUUUUACUCAUGGUCAACUGUAUGUUGGUCUAUCGCGAGUCGGAGCCCCUGAAAAUCAAUUUAUUUUGCUGCCACAAAAUAAAACAACAUCAAAUAUUGUUUACAGAGAAGCUCUAACAAAAUAA